AUUUUGUUGAAAUACAUAGUAGGUACUAGAUUUUCAGACGAGGCGACAAGGCAAUACUUGGGUACGUAAUUGUUCCCUAAGGCCUAAUUAUCGCCAUAAUACAUACCUACCUCCUCUCUGUAAUUUAGUCACUACUCAAUUUUUUCUUUUCUUAUUCCAUUUUCUUAAUAUCAGACCGGAGGAAACCCUUUUUUAUUUUGUGCAAGUAAGGUAAACUUGCAAAUUCGCAUUUUGUACUAAGCUUCGGUCCUCCCCGGCUAUACCACCCGCCGCCUCGACGAAAUUUUCUCUUAUAAGCUUCCUGACGAUGUUGUGUCGACAACGCCUAUCGCGGCAACUCGUCGCGAGGGGCUCCUCAAGCUUCGUAUCGAGGCUCCGACCCUCUUUAGCAUCACGACAUUACUCAAUAAAUAAUACCAAUAACUUAAACGAACCUGCGAUCGCGUGCUCAAGACCGACGAUAGCUCCGAGGCACGGCGCUUUACUGAGGACAAACUUUUCUACUACCCCCCUCACUAGAAAAGAGAAAAAAGACAAUGGAUUCUUCGACGGGUCCGUGGAGCCAUUAUCAGAAGAAGAGGCGAAGGCAAACUCGGAGAAGAAGAAGACGACGGAGGAGUCCAAAAGUGAAGUGAGCGAAGCCAAAGGUUCUAAUGCAAAGAACCAGGACGGCAAAGGCGAAUCGCAGGACGGAAAGGCAAGCAGCGCGGCGGGAGGCGCAUCGUCUGGAUCUGGCAGUGAUGCGCCUGGAGACGGAGGCCGAAGAGGUCGAAGGUCGACAGCCGACAAAGCGCUGCAGAAACCUGUCGUACCCGACGUAUAUCCCCAAGUUAUGGCCAUACCGAUAGCGAAGCGACCUCUGUUCCCGGGAUUCUACAAGGCGAUUACAAUUAAGGACCCUAAUGUGUCUGCUGCGAUCUUGGAUAUGAUGAAGCGCGGCCAACCUUACGUUGGCGCAUUCUUAUUCAAAGAUGAAAACGCAGACGAGGACAUAAUUAGGGACCCGUCUGAUGUCUACGAUAUUGGUGUUUUUGCGCAAAUUACGAGCGCGUUCCCAGUACACGGAGAGCAAAAUAGCCUCACGGCUAUCCUAUACCCCCAUCGCCGGAUAAAACUCUCCACCUUAAUACCCCCUAGCACCACCAAUGAACCCAAGAAAGCUGAUUCUGAGGCGGAACCUACACCCGAACCGAUACCCCCUAAAGUAGAAGAGGAACCACAACAAGAGAAGAAGGGCGACGUUGUUGCGAGCUUCGAAGAGAGCGCUGUCGCUCCCAAGUCCGAUUCUACGGCGGAGAAGUAUGAGCCAACAUCAUUCCUGCGCAAGUAUCCAGUCAGCCUUGUAAACGUGGAAAACCUAUCUGAAGAACCGUUUGAUCCUAAAAGCCCCGUUAUUCGUGCGGUGACAAACGAAAUCGUAAAUGUUUUUAAGGAGGUCGCCUCGAUGAACAGCUUAUUUAGGGAUCAAAUAUCUACUUUCUCUAUGAGUCAAUCUACAGGAAACGUUGUUACAGAACCGGCAAAAUUGGCUGAUUUUGCCGCGGCGGUAUCUGCUGGGGAGCCCGCGGAACUACAAGAAGUCCUUGCUAGUCUCAAUGUCGAGGAGCGGAUGCAAAAGGCUCUAGUCGUCUUGAAGAAAGAACUGAUGAACGCCCAGCUUCAAUCAAAGAUCACUAAGGAUGUGGAGCAGAAGAUUACGAAGCGGCAACGGGAAUACUGGCUUAUGGAACAGAUGAAAGGUAUUCGCCGUGAAUUGGGUAUCGAGUCUGACGGUAAGGAUAAACUAGUCGAAAAGUUCAAGGAGAAGGCCGACAAGUUGGCGAUGCCCGAAGGCGUUCGAAAGGUAUUCGAUGAUGAAAUCAACAAGCUCGCUCAUCUCGAACCUGCUGCAUCUGAGUUUAACGUAACGAGGAACUAUUUGGACUGGUUGACACAGAUUCCCUGGGGACAACGAAGCGCGGAGAACUUUGCAAUUCAGAAUGCGAUGAAAGUUCUAGACGAGGACCAUUACGGCUUGAAAGAUGUUAAGGAUCGCAUUCUGGAAUUCAUCGCAGUCGGUAAGCUCCGAGGUACUGUCGAGGGCAAGAUCUUGUGUUUCGUGGGACCCCCCGGUGUUGGCAAGACCAGUAUAGGAAAGUCAAUCGCUAGGGCCUUAAACCGAGAGUACUACAGAUUCAGUGUAGGUGGUCUUACAGAUGUGGCUGAAAUUAAAGGUCAUCGACGAACGUAUGUCGGUGCCCUCCCUGGACGAGUCAUUCAAGCUUUAAAGAAGUGUCAAACUGAGAAUCCUCUGAUCUUAAUCGACGAGGUUGACAAGAUUGGCCGAGGCUACCAAGGCGACCCCUCGUCGGCUCUUCUAGAACUACUCGACCCAGAACAGAACGGUUCUUUCUUGGAUCACUACAUGGAUGUCCCCGUUGAUCUUUCUAAAGUCUUAUUUGUCUGUACAGCAAAUAUGACCGAUACUAUACCCAGACCUCUAUUGGACCGUAUGGAAGUUAUUAGACUCUCGGGUUACGUUUCGGACGAGAAGAGAGCCAUCGCGGACAAAUACCUAGCACCUGCAGCUAAGGAGCUCGCCGGGUUGAAGGAUGCAGAUGUCAUUUUAACAGAUGAUGCUAUCGAUGAGUUGAUUAAGUCAUACUGCCGCGAGUCAGGUGUUCGAAACUUGAAAAAGCAGAUCGAAAAGGUCUACAGAAAGUCAGCUCUGAAGAUUGUUCAAGAAUUGGGAGAGGAUGUCCUUCCUGAGUCGGCAGCUCUAACAGAAGAUGGAAAAGCCGCUUUAGAAGAAGCAGAGAAGGAAAAGGAAAAGGAGAAAGAGAAAGAGAACCGCGAUCCGACUUCUCCCGAAGCAUCCGAGAAGGAAACCUCGGAGAAGCCUCGCGUGCCCCUAAAGGUGCCUGACUCUGUUCACGUCGUGAUCAACAAGGAGAACCUGAAGGAUUAUGUUGGUCCUCCGAUAUUCACCUCCGAUCGUCUAUACGACGUGACACCACCUGGUGUUGCUAUGGGUCUUGCAUGGACCCAGCUAGGCGGCUCCGCGAUGUACAUAGAGUCCAUUCUCCAAUCUGCCUUAAGACCUAGUAGUCGUGCAGGGUUGGAAAUCACGGGUAACCUCAAGACCGUGAUGAAGGAGUCCUCCGCAAUUGCUUAUUCCUUUGCCAAGGCGCUUAUGGCGAAGGAGUUCCCGGAAAAUAACUUCUUUGACAAGGCGAAAAUUCACGUGCACGUGCCUGAAGGCGCAGUGCAGAAGGACGGACCAUCGGCCGGCGUGACCAUGGCGACAUCGCUCUUAUCAUUGGCACUAGAGACGCCUGUCAACCCCACGAUCGCCAUGACUGGAGAGCUUACGUUAACUGGAAAGGUCCUCAGGAUAGGGGGCCUGCGGGAGAAGACCGUCGCGGCGAGGCGGGCUGGCUGCAAGAUGAUCAUUUUCCCAGCGGACAAUAUGUCCGACUGGCUCGAACUUCCAGAGAACAUCAAGGAGGGUCUCGAGGGCCGUCCAGCCAGCUGGUACAACGAGAUUUUUGAGGUCGUCUUCCCCAACUUAGACAGGGAGCAAGCGAAUCGAAGCAAGAUCAGCGAAUCUAAGGAGCACGACGCUAAAUCCGAGGGCGACCACGACGAAUAGGAGAUGAUGCGGAGAGUGGAGUGACGGGUGCACUCCCCAUAACCCCUUCGUCAACUUGCAUAUUUUUCCAUAGACUUUUUUUUUACAGUAAUACAUCUGCGGGAUUGGGCCAUCGGGGAGGCGUUUAGGCGGCAAUACGACAACUCGACGAACCGGCUUGGAAGCUAACCCAAUCAUAAAAUGUACCCCCUCACUCCUCACAUAUUUUCGAAAGCAUUACAACUUGUAUCAUACGAUCUACCCACAUACUCUUCCCGUCUCAUGAGCAUAUUA